AUGGCCGAAAAAGAAGGGUCCGCUGUGCCCCCGCAGGCAAAGAGCUCCUGGUCGAGCUUCCUCAAAUCGAUAGCAUCCUUCAAUGGCGACCUGUCGACUAUGACCGCGCCCGCCUUUAUCCUCUCCACCAAAUCUCUUACCGAGUUCUCCUCUUACUGGACCGAACACCCCACCGUCUUCGUCGCACCCGCCGCUGAGAAGGACCCGGCCAAGCGAGCCAUGCUGGUCUUGAAGUGGUUCCUGAGUACACUCAAACAACAAUAUGCUAGCCGGAGCGAGAAGCUGGGGAGUGAGAAGAAGCCUCUAAAUCCUUUCCUGGGCGAAUUGUUCCUGGGCAAGUGGGAAGACGCAGCAGGCACCACGCAGCUCGUCAGCGAGCAAGUCAGCCAUCACCCACCUGUCACGGCCUACUCCAUCUGGAACAGCCAGCAUGGCGUCCGGUUGGAAGGCUACAACGCGCAGAAGGCAUCGGUCAAGACCACCAUCAACGUCAAACAAGUCGGACAUGCCCUCCUCCACCUCGAUGCUUUCGACGAAUCCUACCUUAUUACUCUCCCUUCCCUCCACAUCGAAGGUCUCAUUAUGGGUUCACCAUAUGUCGAGCUGAACAGUAACACAUAUAUCCAGUCAUCCUCCGGCUACACAGCACGCAUUGAUUAUAGUGGCAAGGGCUGGGUGUCUGGCAAGAAGAAUACAUUCUCCGCAGUUCUCUACCCUACAGGCAAAGAGAAGGACACAAUCUACAAGGUAGAUGGGCAAUGGAACACUUCCUUCCAGAUCAAGGAUGCAAAGACCAAGACCGUAGUCGACACAUUUGACCACAAGGUCAUCUCGACUACGCCCCUCACCAUCGCGCCCAUUGAACAGCAAGACGACUUCGAAACCCGCCGCGCGUGGAAGAAGGUCGCCGAGGCCAUCAAUAAGGGCGACAUGGAUCUUACAUCCGCAGAAAAGACCAUCAUCGAGAGCCGCCAACGUGAGAUGCGAAAGGAGGAGAAGGACGCUGGACGCGAAUGGGAGCGCACCUUCUUCACCCGCGCAGAGAAGUUCCCGCUGUUCGAACAGCUGGCACAGAAGAUCGGCGAGAAGGUGAACGAUGACCAGACAAAUGGCGUAUGGAGUUUUGAUCAGCAGAAGUCGAGUGCUGCUAAGAGCCCGUUCCAUCCUGAAGUUAAGCCGCCGAUUUACGAGAGGAAGUGA